GGGGAGGAGCGGGAUUUGCGGAGCGCGGCGCCGCUGCCGGGAGCCGGCGGGCCCGAGAGUGACCGAGUCACGGCGGGCGCCGGCGGAGCCGCGGCUUCGGACCCGCCUCCUGGAGGAGCUCAGCCCCGGCCAGGCCCGGCCCCAUUCCCGCCCCGCGCCGCCUCCCCGCCGCCGCCGCCGCCGCCGCGGGAGCGCUCCCCUGCCCACCCCGCCCCCGCGGCCGAGCCCGGGAGUCGAGUGGGAGUCGGCUGGCCGGCGCGGGCAGCGCCGGGACCCUGCGGGGGACACUGCAGCCGGAGCCCGGGAGGGGCCGUGCCGCCACCGUCUGAACUAGGAUGUCCCGACAUGAAGGUGUCAGCUGUGAUGCAUGUUUAAAAGGAAAUUUUCGAGGUCGCAGAUAUAAGUGUUUAAUUUGCUACGAUUACGAUCUUUGUGCAUCUUGUUAUGAAAGUGGUGCAACAACAACAAGGCAUACAACUGACCACCCAAUGCAGUGCAUAUUAACAAGGGUAGAUUUUGAUUUAUACUAUGGUGGGGAAGCUUUCUCUGUAGAGCAGCCACAGUCUUUUACUUGUCCAUAUUGUGGAAAAAUGGGCUAUACGGAGACAUCUCUUCAAGAACAUGUUACUUCUGAACAUGCAGAAACAUCAACAGAAGUGAUUUGUCCAAUAUGUGCAGCAUUACCUGGAGGCGAUCCUAAUCAUGUCACGGAUGACUUUGCAGCUCAUCUUACACUUGAACACAGAGCCCCUAGAGAUUUAGAUGAAUCGAGUGGUGUUCGACAUGUACGUAGAAUGUUUCACCCUGGCCGGGGAUUAGGAGGUCCUCGUGCUCGUAGAUCAAACAUGCACUUUACUAGCAGUUCUACUGGUGGACUUUCUUCUUCUCAGAGUUCAUAUUCUCCAAGCAAUAGGGAAGCCAUGGAUCCUAUAGCUGAGCUUUUAUCUCAGUUAUCAGGAGUGAGACGUUCUGCAGGAGGACAGCUUAAUUCUUCUGGCCCUUCCGCUUCUCAGUUACAACAGCUGCAGAUGCAGCUGCAGCUAGAACGGCAGCAUGCCCAGGCAGCACGGCAACAACUGGAGACGGCACGCAACGCAAGCCGGCGCACUAACACAAGCAGCGUCACCACUACAAUCACACAAUCCACAGCAACAACCAACACAGCUAAUACAGAAAGCAGUCAGCAAACUCUCCAGAAUUCCCAGUUUCUUUUAACAAGGUUGAACGAUCCUAAAAUGUCUGAGACAGAGCGCCAGUCCAUGGAAAGCGAGCGUGCAGACCGCAGCCUGUUUGUCCAGGAGCUCCUUCUGUCCACUUUAGUGCGUGAAGAGAGCUCGUCCUCAGACGAGGAUGAACGGGGGGAGAUGGCAGAUUUUGGUGCUAUGGGCUGUGUAGAUAUUAUGCCUUUAGAUGUUGCUUUAGAAAACCUAAAUUUAAAAGAGAGUAAUAAAGGAAAUGAGCCUCCACCACCUCCUCUUUGAUGACAUCCCAAUUCGCAGACAAUGUCCUCUGUGCUGUAUUUGCCAAUGAAAGUGGACAACAACUAUCUUGGGUUUGUUUGGUGAUUGUAAUUUCAGGUCUGUCACUCUUGUUACAUUGUGUACAUUCAAAAGGAAGAGAGAAAAUAUAUAUGAUAAUCAUUUCCACUUAACUAAUUUUUACUUCUAGCAGGUAAAUGUAGGUAGCAGUGCAGGGGUGAUCUCUGCUUCCUGUACCUUGACAUGCAAAAGGCUCUCCUAAUACUCCACAUUCAAACUGAAGAGGAAAAUUGAAAUCUCUAAUGAAGCUGCUGUGUGUAUUUAUGAAUAUUAAUGAAUAAAAACUGCUUGGAUGGUUUACCUUAA